AUGGAGGCAUUUAGUGACAGAUAUUUGGGCUUACCCACAGCGGUUGGGAGAAUCACUAGUGAGAUUUUUGACCAUAUUGGGGACAGAUCCAGGAGCAAAAUGAAUGGAUGGGCAGAGCGGCUACUAGCUUGUGCUGGGAGGGAAACUCUUAUUAAAUCAGUGAUCCAGGCCAUUCCAACCUAUAGUAUGAGUUGUUUUCGUCUAACGAAGAAGGUUUGCAAAGGCCUCACCGCUAGUAUGGCCAAAUUCUGGUGGAGUGGAUCUCUUGAUCGACGAUCUAUGCAUUGGCUAUCGUGGGAGAAACUUGCAUCACCGAAGUGUCAGGGAGGAAUGGGUUUUCGCGAUCUUGAGUUAUUCAACCUGGCACUACUUGGUAAGCAUGGAUGGAGAUUUAUUACUAAUCCUAACUCUUUAUGUGCCCAAGUGAUGAAGGGGCGUUAUUUUCCGGAUUGUGAUUUUAUGGAGGCUUCAGUACCACACACAUCGUCUGCUAUUUGGCAAGCGAUCAUCGCCGGAAGGGAAGCUCUCCAUGUUGGUCUCAUUAAGAGGGUGGGGGACGGCAGCACUAUCUCGAUUUGGGAAGAUAAGUGGAUCUCGGGCCUUUCAUCUCUGUCCCCUACGGUAAUGCCGGGAGGGACGACUCUUGCCACCGUCGGUGAGCUCAUCGACCAUGACAACGGGACGUGGCGGCGGGAAUUGAUCUACAAUGUUUUCAUUCGACCGGACGCCGACGCCAUAUUGAAUAUCCCCUUGCACCGCGGUGGGGGUGAUGAUUUUCGAGCUUGGGUUUUUGAAAGAAGCGGCAACUACUCCGUAAAAUCCGCGUACCGUGCUCUCGUGACUCGGAAAGAGCGGCUAGAUCAAGAGGAAGGGGCGGUUACAAACUCCUCACAGACCGAUGAACGGAUGUGGAAGUCGCUUUGGAAGCUCAAGGUUUUGCCGAAGGUACGUGUAUUCUGGUGGCGGGUUAUUCGUCGCAUUCUUCCAGAUGAGUGCACGCUUCGGUAUCGGCAUAUCAAACCUAUAAGUAGAUGCAAUGGCUGCCAUGCAAUGGAUGAGGAUCUCAUGCACACCUUAGUGCAUUGCUCUCAUGCCAAACUUUUCUGGGAGCAGGCUCACGGUCUCUUUGGCGUUCGACGGCCGCGGCUGCACCCUGAUACAUGGUCUCGUGAUAUCAUAUGUGAUGAUCAAUUCACGGACACUGAAAGGGCCCAAAUGAUAUCUGUUAUGUGGGCAAUCUGGCACUCGAGAAAUCGAGUGACUCAUGAUGAUGACCAGCUGGAGCCUUUCACUUCGGUGAGGCGGAUUCGGGAGGACUUGGCAUUGUUGGAUAUCCCACAUUCUCAUGCUGCAGUGCUACCAGGUCAUGGUUGGAGACCGCCGGACUCAGGGGUGGUUAAGAUCAACACGGAUGCAGCUUUGAGUAUGGAUUCCGACAAGGUGGGUGUGGGUGGUGUAGCACGUUCUAACACAACCUUGUUGGGUGCUUGGAGUAAACCUCAUAUUGGGGUCACGGAUCCUUUUAUCGGUGAGACGCUCGCGCUUCGAGAUGGAGUUAUUUUUGCAAAUCUACGGGGUUUCUCACAUGUGAUAAUGGAAACGGAUUGCCUGGAGAUUGUUAAUCUCUGGAACACUCGCCACAACAGCCUCUCUGUGGUGGCACCUUUACUUGUCGAAAUUGGAGAGCUAGCUGCUACCUUUUCUUCUUUUGUUAUUCAACAUGUAAUGCGAGCAACCAAUGUACUAGCCCACCUUUGUGCGAAACAUGCAUGUAUACUGGUGGUCACCGAGAGUUGGACUGACUCGAGACCCUCUUUCCUGCUCACCAGCCUUUUGGCUGAUGAUGCUAGGAGCUCGUUCGUUGAAUAA